UGUUUAUCUGUGUGUGCAGGUAACCUUUCAAUGCCAGUUUUUGUGUGCUGUUUACACAAGAAUCACAUGUUGAGUUGUCAUUACACGUCCAGCAGUGUUCUGUAUGCUAGAAAACAAUAUAUACUUGGCUAAAUUGGCAGUUUUGAAAAAGAUAGCAUACAUUGAAGUUCACAAUUACUUGUUGCAAUCACAAUAUAAAAGUUCUGUAAUUAGCCAUUGUAGUGCAACACGUCACUUUUUGUUUCAGAAAUGUUCUUUUGCGAUAAUGCACAUGACUUCAGGUGCUGGCUUUAGCUGAUAAGUGAGCUUUAAAGCUUUUACCUAAAAGCUUAUGGUGGUUUUGCUUGAGUCCUAUCGUAGGACUAUGAUAGCUAACCACAAGGCUGCUAAAUGUUUUCAUUACCUGCAGGUUCACCUUUUGGACACACUGAGAAGUAGUUAUGGUCAUUGACCUUUUUCUGUUAAUGUACUGUUUUUAAACUGCAAAUUAAUUAUUUUUUAUUUUAAGCAUCUGAUUAAUCCCUGAACAGUUAAAUAUGUAGCUAGGUAAAGCCUAAAGUGUCUUAUUUGGCUGAUUAUUUGUAGCGUUAAAGGUUUUCUAGAUUUUCAUCUACAUUUAAAUGUAACAGACGUGUUAAUGUUUAAGAACUGAUCAUUCCUGUGCGUGCUUUAAUUCACUGUCAUUGCAGAAAAAGUUUAAAUAUUUCAGUAAAUUUGGCAGUCACAAUGAAACUCACUGAUGUAUGUGUACAGCAUUUACAGGGUGAAAAAGAUGUGUCAUAUUUCAAAGAGUUGAUUGUGUUGCUUAGUCACGUUGAUGAAUCACACUGUACUCACAGGUCACAAGCAUAUUAACACUUCAUUAUAGAUGUACAAAAUCCUUGCUUGUCUUGUCAUAAAGGGUUUGUAACCAAACCUUUCAGCCACUGGUAAUAGUGAUAAUCUGUAUGACUGAGUAUCUUGACUGUGAUAUUUGCUUGAAAUAUAUUUUUAUUUUGUCAACCAUAAUCUGCCUUAAAUCAUUUUAUUCCGAGAAACAACUAUUGGCACCAAAUAUGACUUCCGUUUGCUUUCAGUGCGUAUCAGGAAGCAUGACGUAGUUAAUAUGACCUCAGUAUUUGUCAUGGUGUUCUGAUCCUUAUAUGCAGAGGAAGUUUCUCAGUAGAUUUCUCAAUCUCUUUGUUUGCUGUACUUUUUGCCUGAAGGUACUGGAUGUAGCCAGUUUCCAAUGUGGAAGUAAUGGUUGUUAACAUCAUGACUGUCACAUGAUCUGUGAUUUAAACUCCCGUACAAUGAGUCACUUUUUAAUGCUGAAUGGCAAAGCAGAUGUUAGUGAUUUACACAGUAAUGUCCACUUCCUAAGUGAAUCCACAGCCCAUAAAAGGUCACAGGAAAUGUUCCUAUAGUGGAAUGUCGAUUCACUAUGCAUUGACAUUCUGGAAAUAUCUUAAAUGCUUUGCAUGUGUGUGUCCCAUACCCUUGAUAAGAAAAGGCCAGUUAAAGAAGGAAAUGUUAUGAAUCUUGAGCAAGGCAGUGGAACUCUACUGAUGGUCCCUAAAAUGAGUGUCAAAUAUGACAAUUUUAUUUUUGGGUGGACUACCCCUUUAACUCUUUAAGCCAGGAAUUUGCUUAUCAAAACAUCUUGUACAGGAAUUUUCAUCUUUUUUUACAGACACAGGAUAUCCUGCUGGAAAAUCAGAUAAAGAAUUUUUCAUCUGCUUAGCUAAUUUGAAAAAGGUUCUGCUGACAAAAGUCAGCAGUCCUUCGUUAGAAAGAAGUCUAUAGUUGUUUUUUCUGUCUAGGCUUGAUAAUAUUUGUGUGAGUGUGCUUGUUUGCUCAGAUUGGCUUCGUGUCUGGUUACAGGCCAUCCGUGGGGUCUAAUGAGGACUAUGGUAAUGACACACACAGGGCCUCACCUGAUCCUCCAGCUCUCUGCGGCAGCACCUGCUGUGGUUACCUGAGCCAGGCGGCACAUGGCUGUUAAACUCAGUGGAAUACAGGAUCAUUUACAACCGCGUUUGGGAUCGUUUGAAGCUGCAUUUAAACUGCAUUUUGGAAGUUCAAACUCGGGGGGAACCAUAGCAGUCCAAUAUGGAGAAAAGUCCUGAAAUGUUUUCCUCAAAAAACAUAAUUUCUUUACGACUGAAGAAAGAAAGACAUGAACAUCUUGGAUGACAAGGGGGUGAGUACAUUAUCUGUACAUUUUUGUUCUGGAAGUGGACUUCUCCUUUAACAUGUUUAUCUUACAUGUGUAUUAUCUUAAUUAUGAGCACACUGGUUUUCAUACUAUUCUUCUCGUUGUUCACCUAUAGCAGCUAUACCAGGAUUCUCACCCAUAGGCUUACUUAUGCAUUAAAAAAAAGGUGGAUAGGAAGAAAAUAUAAGUGUUAAAUCGAGGGCGAGGGGUUGCAUAAAUGUAUCACUGAAUGGAACUGUCUUCCAGAUAGUUCUUCUCCUUCCUCUGUAUAAAGUAUAAGCACACCCUACUUUGUUUACAGUAAUAACUAUUUAUCGCUGUUAUUCCUUAAGCGCCACCUGCUGUCAGACAGCGAAUUUGCAUCUCAUUCAGCCCAUCUGCUAUUUUUGUUUCGUGCAGAUGUUUUAUGUAGCAUAAUUUCACAAAGAUAAAGUCAGACCGUUCUGUUUUUGCGGUAAAACUUGAAAUUAUACAAUCUAAUUUAAAUUCAACUGUAAAUUAAAUUCUAAUUCAAAAACAACAGCAUGCAACAUGUGUGUAGCUUCUUUGUUUGGAUCAUGAUUAAACUGCAGUGCUUGCCUUAAAUGGCUAUUGAUAUUUUUGUUUAAAGGGGUCAUCGGAUGCCCAUUUUCCACAAGUUGAUAUGAUUCUUUAGGGUCUUAAUGAAAAGUCUAUAAUAUACUUUGGUUAAAAAUUCUCAAUGGUUGUGUAAAACAACACCCUUUUUACCUUGUCAAAAUCAGCUCUGCAAAAACCAUCUCAUUCUGGUUGAGGCUGCUUUAAAUGCAAAUGAGCUCUGUUCCCCCGCCCCUCUCUUCUCUCUGUGGACUGAUGAGCCUGUUUACUUUAGCCACAUUUAGCCGCAAAACUUGCUAACUAACACAUUAUUAGGAAAGGCGAAGAUUCAUAAAAAAAACCCUUAAACUCACUUCUGCUGUAAAUGAAGCUGGAUCAUGAAUGUUUCGCGCAAGCAUAGACGGAUAUAUGUAGAUCGGGAGGCGCAUUCCCUUCACAAACAAACGUAAUCCACUGCAUCUUCAGUGGUUCAGAUGUUAGGGGUAAAUGAAGAUCACUAUGUUCAUUAUUACAUCCAGCAACACAACACCUCAAUCGCUUAAUUCUUGUCUAACUUACAUCCCUGCUCCAGCAUCGAAACAUGAAGGUUGGACUGUUACAACUGAUUUGAGGUAAGACACUCAUGUCAAUCAACUAUUGUGGGAGCGGCCUCUGUCCAUAAACAUAUCCAUAAACAAAACAUAAGAAUUGUUUUAAUCUAGAUUGUGCCAACUAGUCGUACACAAAAGCAGCUUCGGGCAGAUGACGUAGGACGUUGGCAUUGCUUAUGCACUGGUGAGUCUCGCACAAACCAACGUUUGUUUACAGGAGCAAAGGAAGCAAAGUUUCCUUACUUUACUGAAGGAAAACCAGUCUCCUCUUGGUUUACAUCAAAACUCUCCGACAUUUUUCUUUACAAAGUCCUUGUUUUGAACUUCUAAUUCAUGACCGGUGCUGUGUUUACCUAUCUCCAAGCGCAUUCCUCAAAUCUGAGUGGCGCAUGCGCAGCGCCGACAGAAGGCAGCGCCUAUUUCUUUUUUGAAAGAAUUUUUUUUUUUUUUACAAAAUAAAGAAAAUAAAUAAAUAAUAUAUAUUUUUUGAGUGUUUUAGUCCUAUUUUUUUUUUAAGUUUCACAAGCAUACUCAUGAUUUACAUCUGUCUCAUCAAAAUGCUUUAGUAUUGAUCUGAAUCUCAAAGGAAUGUUUUUAAGCAGUGGUUCUUCGUUGUGCUUCAGGAAAAAAAGAGGUCACGGUGUGAGCGAGUGGUGGGCUGGACGUCUGAGACAUUACGUCACCAUGUAUUCAGACAAGAACAUUCUGUUCUGAGGUCAAAACAUGAGUCCGGUCUCUGAACAUGCCCAAACAGAACCAGUGGCCUUAUGUAAUGUCACGAUGUAAUGCUUUUGACAUGGACAAUGAUGCAGAAGGGAAUGACAGUCAAAACAAAAACAAAUGAAACCCUAAUUUGUCGACUCAACAACACAUAUAACUGGAUAUAUAAUAAUAACUGGUUAUAUAUAACAUAAAUACCUUAAAACAUACAUGUCCCUACUGCUAAUUGGGUCAGGCACAAGUCAAACUGGACUAGUUUGUGUUCUCAAAGAAUUCUGGUUCUCUACUGAUUGUACAAACAACAAACCUUUAUAUGGAAACAUUUUACUCACUAUUUCUAUGUAAUGUCUAACAUUCAUAUGAUUCAUCUAUCAUUUGCUCUGAUCUAAUCUAACCUCUCAUUUCAGCGGCGUGUGGUCUGCACACCAGACUGGCCUAAAAGGGGGAUAUGUAACACCCCCACAAAGCUUGUUUCCCGGCAGCAGCGUGUUUUCACAUUCCAGAGUUCUGAGAUCAUAUUCCACAUCGGCUCUCAGAAUAAUAUCAGAGGCCCAAACAACGACAUCCUUCAUACGGUACCAAUCACACCGCCCACGGUUGAGACUUUGAGCUCUGUACCGCACAACAACAACAACAAACUGACUGUAAACACUACUAAUGUCAGUGCAGUAUAAUUCAAGUUUGUGAGGGGAAAGCUUCGAUUUCCUCUGUGAAUGAACAUGCCCCCUCUGAGUAUCACCAAUGUUUUUGUAUUCUAAAAAGACAGCAGGAGGGACAGAGAGAGAGAGAAAAAAAGGAGACGAAUGGCAGACAUCAAAGAAAAAAGAAACCAAAUACCAUUCCGAAUACAAAGCACUUAUUGAUGGCAUCGGCGUUCUUUUUAAAACCCGAAACUUGCUUAUUCUCCACAGAAAUUCUAGAAUCACCUGGUUCAAAUGAUUCUAGAACUUAAAGUUCUGAAUAAAGAAUGGUUGUCAUCUGGCAGAGGGAAGCUUUACAUCUGCAUUUCAUUUCCAAAUCUUGGCACUAACGUCUUCCUUAUUCCUUACGAUACUAGCACACCUAUGCUGUAAAUAACCUUCGGCGUGGGAGGAAGUGAAUGCAUGACAAGAAUUUGGAACAUUUUAACCACCUUCAAAACAAAUCUGCUUGCUUAAAAGGUUAAAACACAGGAACUAUGAAGCAUUUAAAGUAUGUAAACUUUUAUAGUUAGGAUGGGUUUUGUGGGUGUGCACAAGUUUUAGCUUUGGUUUUCAAAUGAAUGUAAAUGGGUUGAGAAGGAAUGACAUUGAAUGUUUGCUUAAAACACACACUGCAGCUUUGUUCCAAGGACAAUUGGGUUCUGUCAGUGCUGCAUUCACUGCUUUCCCAGAAAAGACUAUCAAAAGCAUAUUGUCUAGGGUAAUCUAAAAGAUUAAAAAUACAAUGAGCACCAUUUUGGUAAAUAACACUCUUUAUAUAUUGUUUAAAAAAUCAUCAAGGGAAACUUGGAUAUAGGGAUUCUCUUAUGUGUGUGUGUGUGCACCUGGUAUUUAUCACGUUAUGGGGACCAAAUGUCCCCACAAGGAUAGUAAUACCAGUAAAUUUUGACCUUGUGGGGACAUUUUUCAGGUCCCCAUGAGGAAACAGGCUUAUAAAUCAUGCAGAAUGAGUUUUUUUGAGAAAGUACAAGUGUGCACACUCUCCUGUGAGGGCUAGGUUUAGGUAUAAGAUAGGUGUAGGGUGAUAGAAAAUACAGUUUGUACAGUUUAAAAACCAUUACGCCUAUGGAAUGUCCCCAUAAAACAUGGAAACCCAACAUGUGUGUGUGUGUGUGUGUGUGUGUGUGUGAACAAGAGAGAUCUGCAUGGGUGGUAAUAGAUGUGUACUUUAACCUUUCCCAGACCAGGAAAGGGAAUGCAAAUACAGAACCAUGGAAUUCACAUGGUCUUGACCUCCUGGGAAAUUCUUCUCACAAGCCAAUGAAGAGUUUAUUUUGAUCAUUGCCAAGAUGCAAUUACUUAAGGUAGAUUUUAACAUUCUAGUCCUGUAAUGAGUACCUGUUGUCUCAUUUAAAGGAUUACAGUUUGACACAGCAUUGUUGUUUUCAAAUUCAGCUUUCUUGUAAAAUGAGUAGUGGUUCUCCAUCUAAAGGUUUUUUCCCCAUGGACUUUUGCAAAUUUUUAAAACCGCUGAAUUGGUAUGGACUUGGCAUUUUCCCUUAAAGCCCGCAAAGGUGAAGUCCCCUGGCAUUUUAACGGUUAAUGGCCAACAGCCAAUUUUCACAUUCAGUUUACCUUAAAUAUUGUUUUUUAAAAUGCUUUAAAUAAUGAACUGGCAGUAAAUCCUCAUGUAUUAAAUAAUAAUCAGAGCGACUUGGCUAAUCUAAAGUCUCUCAUUUACCUUGCGGGGAUCGACUACUGAGUGGCCAACUCCAUGAGAAUCAGUCUCUUUUAAUGGAAUUGCCUGGGAAAAGCCAUUUUUAUACGUCAUGAGUCUUUCAUGAUGUGAAUAUGCAAAAUGAUUAUGGGAAUGUUGUUUUGGAAUGUUGCUUUCAGUUCUGAUUAAUACAGUACAUAUCUGAAAUACGUUAAGAUCUUUAUCAGGGUUUCAUCAAGAUUUUUUAGACAAAAGUAUGUACAAAUACCAUUGCCGUUCAUUAAAAUGAUCAAAUUAAUAAUCAUUUCUAAAAACGUAUGAGUUAUGACAAGUGUUUAAGUCCACUAAGUAGUUUUCAGAAAAGCCAAGUUCAAAGGUUGUCACGUUCCACUAUCAUUCAACAUUAAUUUUGUUGUUUUUCACGCUUGACAAAAUUCAUCAAGCAUAACAUAAACAGAUAAAAUAGCGUUUAUUUAUUGUUCUACUAUUUAUAAAACAUCAUAUUGCUGACACUUGGAUGCAAAUAAUCCAUGACCACAACUUUAAUAACAAGGAGAACAACAUCCACAUUAGGCCUAUUGUGUCAAAGGUUACAUAGGUAUAAAUCAAAAUAUUAUUUUUAAGUCAAUUUUAGUUCCAGUUUAUGUCAACCAUGCUGCUUUUUUGUGAGUGGAGAUUUUAUAAAAUUUUAAACUGAAAACAAUUUGAUGAAAAUGAAAUGACCUGUUUGAUAGAAUGACUCGUUUAAUUUCCUGAUGUCAUUUUAAUUGGCAAUGCUACAGCUGGUGUUAGACCAGAACAUGAACUAGAAUAAUCAUUUCCCGACACGAGUUUACUUUAGUACAGCCGUCCUUACCGGAUGUCUGUCUCCUCCUGGCGGCCGUGCAAUGAAUCUCCUCGUUGGGUUAGAUUAGUUGGGUCUGGAACAAGAUCUCUACAUCGAUUACUCGCUUAAAGCCACAUUAGACUAGUGAGUCUGACAUUUAUUCAGCUGUCAAGCUGGUGUGAUCUGAUAAUAUUUUAAAAACCUUCAUAUGCGCUCCUGAUGAUACAGUAAUGUUUUGCUUUACGCAACAGCGUUGAGUCCUAUCCUGAAAUCUGGUCCCAUGCUGUAUUUUAACUUAUCAUGUCAUUCAUUUUAUUAUAAACACGUAUCUUAUCGUCUCUGCAUAUCUGUGAAAUAGAUUUAGGCGUCAGGAUGAGUUUAGCUUUCAGCAGGGCUCCUCGAAAGACUGCGGGAAACCGCAUGUCCAAACUGCUGGAUGCAGAGGAGGAGGAUGAGUUCUACAAGACCACCUAUGGAGGAUUUCACGACGAAUCAGGUGAUGAAGAAUAUAAGGGUGACUUGUCUGAAACUGAAGAUGAGGUGGACAGUGAUUUUGACAUUGAUGAGGGGGAUGAACCCGACAGCGAGCAGGAGGAGGAUGGGCCACGUCGAAAGAGCAGAGUGGUGACGAAAGCCUACAAGGAGCCAGUUAAAGUGGUGCGGCAAAAACCAAAACAACGCAAACUGGCUGAACUGCCUAGAAGGACAGACAAGACAAAGAUCGACAAAUACAACCCCCCUGAACUACAGGAGGACAUCAGCAAGAACAGGAAGUCGGUACGUCAGUCGACAACAGAACACACACGGCUGACGUAUCUGAGGCUGCAGGAGAGGCAGGUUGCUCCACGUCGAAGAAAAGGCACAAGACAUGAGCGACCUUUGACCCAGGCUGAACUUUUGGCAGAGGCCAAGGUCACAGCAGAGAUUAACCUUCGAUCACUAGAAAACUAUGAGCGUUUGGAGGCUGAUAAGAAACGACAGGUUCAUAUGAAGCGUCAAUGUGUGGGAUCUGUUAUCCGGUAUCACUCUGUGCUCAUGCCUCUGGUGUCUGACGUCACUCUUAAAGAGGAAAACGUUGAUGUAGAGGGUUUGGACCAGGACGCCCAGCAGAAUCCAGGCCCUCAUCCUCCACAAGCUCUUUCCCAGUCAGAUUCAUCUCUUAUUGCACCACCGAGUGUCGUCUCCACUAACACAGCUGCUGUAAACCCUUCCCUGCCAUUGGGGCCUGCUAAAUGCUCUCGUACCUACAUCACAUUCAGUGAUGAUGAAUCCUUUCAGCGUUUCUUUCCCCAGUCCCCACCUCCUCGAAUUCCUGUCCAGGAGAUCUGCCCUGUUACCCAUAAGCCAGCGCUCUACCGAGACCCCAUCACAGACAUUCCCUAUGCUAAUGUACAGGCCUUUAGGAUCAUCCGGGAAGCCUAUAAAAAGUAUGUUGCGGCUCACGGCCUGCCCUGCACUGGCACAGCGACUCCAGCUGACAGCACUGCAAAGAAUCUGCGCCAGAAGAUCAUUAUUAAACAAGGCAUGUAGAACAACACACAAGAUGGACAAGAAGGUAAAAAGAGAAAGAUCAGAGGAAAUCAAUCAAUCGAUCAAACAAUCAAUCAAUCAGUCAAUUAUUCUAUCAAUUAGAUAGCUAUCUGUCCGUUUGUCCAUCCAUCCAUCUACCCAUCCUAUCUAUCUAUCUAUCCAUCCAUCCGUCUAUUUAUCUGUCUGUCAAUCCAUCCGUCUAUCUAUCUAUCUAUCUGUCUAUCUAUCUAUUUGUCUGUCCAUCCAUCUAUCUGUCUAUUUGUCUGUCCAUCCAUCUACCCAUCUAUCUAUCUAGCAUCCAUCCAUCCGUCUAUUUAUCUGUCUGUCAAUCCAUCCGUCUAUCUAUCUAUCUAUCUAUCUGUCUAUCUAUCUAUUUGUCUGUCCAUCCAUCUACCCAUCUA